CACCAUCAAGCAUCCAUCUCAAGCUAGCUACACACACUAGCUAGCGCUCUAGUUGGACCGAUAGAGUAUCUAGCAAGAGGUCGCUUAUUCGGAUGGCAGACUCAGUGAAGGUUGGUCCGUGGGGUGCACCAAGCGGGAAACCUUGCGACAUCAACAGCUAUAGCAGUCCCCAGCGCCUUGUGAGCAUCAGCAUCUGCAGCAACGAGACCCCGGGAGGCUGCAUCAAUGGCUUCUCCUUCACCUAUGUCGACCAAACCGGAAAGGCCAUCUCGUCCGAAACAUGGGGCACUAACUUCAUCGGAUGUGUCACUACUAUUAAGAUGAAUCCUGGCGAGCAUGUGAACCACGUGAGCGGCACCGCGAACAACAGAGGGGUGACCUCUCUCAAGCUGGGUACCAACCAGACGGAGCAUGGCCCCUACGGAUGGCCGUCGGGGCCGGAGUUCAGCGUGCCGGUGCGGCAGGGCAAGAGUGAGGUGGUUGCCUUCUUCGGCCACUCAGGCGACACCCUCAAGGCCCUAGGCGUGUACGUGCCGGGGACGAAGGAGUCUCCGGUGAAGGUUGGUCCAUGGGGCGGGCACGCCGGCUCAUCCAGGGACCUCUUGGCGAGCAACAUGCCAGAGCGGCUGCAGAGCGUCGCCAUCCGCAGCAGCGAGAGGUCCGGAGGCCGCAUCUACGGCUUCUCCUACACCUAUCUCGACAAGAACGGGCAGUACAUCCGCGUCGGCCCCUGGGGGUCCAAGACCAAGGGGCAGAAGCGCGAGUUCACCAUGAACGAUGGCAACUACAUAAACUUCAUCAGUGGCACCCACGAUGAAUACGGCAUCACCUCGCUCAAGUUCGUCAAUUCCGAAGAAGAAGUAUAUGGCCCAUUUGGGUGCCCGGCGGGAGCUGCCUUCAGCGUGCCACUGCCGGAGAAUGGCGCUGCUGUCGGUUUCUUCGGCAGGUCUGGUGCUGAUGGCCUUGUAGGCUUUGGUGCCUAUGUGGCGCCGCAAGACGACGACUAGCUUUGCCAUCCUACGUAUCCACCAAAGCUGCAGUAAACCAAAUCAGGUGCUCCUCUGAUAUAUAAUAAUCGGCAAGGGUUUAUUUUAAGUUUGAGCUAAUUUGAGCUAAAACCACGCUUAUUAUGAAUCGGAUGGAGCACAAUACGUAUGUAUAUGAUGAAAUAAUGAAGAAUGAUGGGAGCCACCAAGCAUGCACGUGUUUGGGCAUCAAUGUAUAUUGUAAGUUACUAAGGGUAAAUGUAUACAUAUAUUGUAUGCA